AUGGCGACAGUGAAGAAGGCGAUGCCGCUGCCACUGCUGGGCUUGGCAUCCCUCCGGGCUGUCAGCACCUCAGCUGUGAGCACUCUCCCAAAGCAGGUGAAAAUUGUGGAAGUUGGUCCCCGAGAUGGACUACAAAAUGAAAAGAAUAUUGUACCUACUCCAGUGAAAAUUAAGCUGAUAGACAUGCUUUCUGAGGUGGGACUCCCCGUUAUAGAAGCUACCAGCUUUGUGUCUCCCAAGUGGGUUCCCCAGAUGGCUGACCAUGCUGAAGUCUUGAAGGGCAUUCAGAAGUUUCCUGGCAUCAACUACCCAGUCCUGACCCCAAAUCUCAAAGGCUUCCAGGCAGCGGUUGCCAAGAAGAUGUACUCAAUGGGCUGCUAUGAGAUCUCCGGUGUGAACCUCCAGAAGCUUCUGGAAGCGGGGACCUUUAUCUGUCAGGCCCUGAACAGGAAAACCAGCUCCAAAGUGGCUCAGGCCACUUGUAAACUCUGA